CCAGUAUUACAAGAUUCAAGACCUAUUCAAACGGAAGUAAAGGAUAAUAGUGUACUACAUGAAUCGGAUAAUCUAGAGGAUGAUUUACUGAAACAAAAUCAAGAAGCACCCCUUAAAGAAAAUCCAAGUUCCGAUAAAUUUGAAGCAAAAGAUGCAUCUCCACAAGUGACAAUUUUACAAGACCCAAAUUAUAUUGAAUUCGAAAUAAAAGACAAAGUACCGCUUAAUGCAUCCCAAGAAUCAAAUAAUCUAGAAAUUGAUUUACAAAAGCAAAAUGUAGAAGAUUCUCCUCAAACUUUUCAACAAAUUUACGAUCAAUUGGCAAUAAAAGGUGUUUUCAGUAACGAUUCACAAAAUAUGCCAGCUGACAAUUCUCGACUUGAUGAGACAAGUAGUGAAACACAACAACCAGUGUAUGAUGAUGCAAUGACCUUUCAGAAAAUCCAAGAAGAACUGAUAAAGAGAGGUGAUAUAGAUAAUAAUUCACAAAGCAUUCCAUCUAGUAUUGGGCCAGAAAAUAAUAAUACACAACAGUUCACAAAUUAUAAUAAUCCUGUAAUAAUGUCAACUGUGUCUAUUUCCCAAAUUAACAUUGAAACACAAUUCACGAAUUAUGAGAAUAGUAGUCCUCAAUUCAGCAUUGGAACAUAUAGUAAUACUCCACCAAUCACAACGUCGGCUGGAACAGGCACACCUAUUUCUGAGGCAGAUUAUAAUACUCCAUUGUCCACAAAUAACGAAAUUUAUAAUCCCGCAACAAUUCUAGGCACGUCUACAUCUCAAUUUAGCUAUGAAACGAAUAAAAAUUUUUCAUCUUCCGUAACAAUAGAUACACCUCAAUUUGACAAUACUUUACCUUCAGUAACAAUAGAUACAUCUCAAUUUAACAAUAUUUCACCGUCUGCAACAAUAGAUACACCUCAAUUUGACAAUACUUUACCUUCCGUAACAAAGGAUACAUUUCAAUUUAACAAUACUUCGCCGUCCGCAACAUUAGAUACAUCUCAAUUUGACAAUACUUUACCUUCCAUAACAACGGAUACAUCUCAAUUUAACAAUACUUCGCCGUCCGCAACAUUAGAUACAUCUCAAUUUAACAAUACUUUACCGCCCGCAACAAUGGAUAAAUCUCAAUUUAACAAUACUUCGCCGUCCGCAACAUUAGAUACAUCUCAAUUUAAUAAUACUUCACCGUCUGUAACAAUGGAUACAUCUCAAUCUCAAUUUAUCAAUACUUCACUGAUCGAAAUUGAACAAGGUACACAAACCGCUCAGACCGAGCAUGUUUCUACAUCAACCAUUCCGAUAGUAUAUAAUACAAUUCCGACAGAACAUGCUACAUCUACCAUUCCUAUUACUUCUACAAAGCCAGGUUCUACCACUUCAGAAAUUGUUACUCUUCUAAGUUCUGUCUCUUCUCCAAAAAUAGAGCCAAUAGUCGAUUCUACUGUUAAUAUUCCAGUUGUAGAUUCCGAUACUGAUUAUAUUGGUUACAUUCCAAAUAAUGAGCCUACUUCGGGCUAUAUUGACCUUAGAAAUAAAUCAAACAAUAAUGCAAAUGAAGAUUCUGAUUCCACACAUGAUAAUUCACAAUCUAUCGCUCAUCCUCUUGAUGAUUCCAGCAAUAAACCUGCUUCGUAUCCUGAGAGUAAUUUUGAAAAUAAUAAUACUGAAAAAGUAUCAACAGGAAUUAAUAGUUCAGAUUCUUCUGAAUAUGUUGUCGAUGCCAAAGAUUACCAAUUGGAUCCUCAUUUUCGCUCGCAGCCUACGGGGAUAUUGUCCAAAGUAAAAAACAUGUGGCCAUUUACGAGUGGAAAAGAUGAGGAUAAAUAUGGAGAAUAUGUUAAAGUUACAUUUCAUGUGCAUUUACCUCAAUACAUUGAAAGAUAUGGCGAACCUGUGAUAUUGGGUAAUUGUAAGGAGUUGGGGGGUUGGACAAAUAUUACAAUUCAAUUAACACAACCACAUAAACGAGAAUUUCCAACUUAUUGGCGAUCACACCCUGUAGAAAUACAGAUAGGAGGGAAUGAGAUUAAGUAUAAGUAUGGCAUCUUUUCUAAUCAGAAUGUGGACUUCGAAGGGGAAGGUGAGAUGCAAAAUCGCACUUUGGACACAAGAACAAAUGAUCAAUAUGACAUAUGGCGAAACAAUCGUAGCCAUAAUAUCUUCGACCUUAGAGAAUUUGCGUUCAUUAGAUGCAUUUACGAUGCAGUAAAUAUUGAAAAUCUUAAAGACAAAGUUAUGCAAUUCCAAAUAUUGUUGGAAAAUUAUAGAGAUUUCGCAUUGAAAUUCCUUACUAUCGACUUUAUAGCACAACACUGUCACGAUAAAAAAUUUGAAAAACGACUUUUUUUGUGCGUUCUCUUAGGAUAUUAUAUUAAGCACCGUAAGGAUCCACGCUCUUUCAUUUUUCAAUUGCCAACAAAUUUUCGGUCUAAUCUGUUACUCGAAGCGCUCGAAUAUGUACAACAUGACACAUUCACAUCUGAUAUUCAACCAAUAAUGGUUCCGGUUGUAUCAGCCUUAGUUCGUCAUAAUGCCAUUGUAAUAAUAUCAUUUGAAUGGCUUAGAAUCUUUCGGGUGGCACAGGUCCUUGAUCCAAGAUACACUUUUGUCGAUGGAUUUAUUGGUGCUAAUUAUAAUAAAGACCGCAUAUCUCGCUUGUUAAAAGAAUGGCCUAAAUUAGUCGUACCUUACUUGGAUAAAGUAGAUGAACAUAUUUACAUCAAAAUCGCUAAGUGGUUGAUGUCUUUUUGCUUAGAUAUGGAAACACUUAAUAUCAUAUGGCGGGAUAACAUUUACCACACAAGAAGUAUCGAUAAUGAAAUUUUAAUCGAUUUCAGUGGAAGUGUUCAUAAAAUUAUUGCGCAUGACGAUGCCAGUGCUUUGUACGUAAAUUAUACAAAGGUCGUUCCUGAAUAUCGAGCAAUAAUUUCUGGUCUUUUCCGUGAACGUAUAGUGAAUUUACUUAAGACUCAACAAGGCGGUUGGGACCAAAAUAAUUUGCAAGCACUUGGAAGACUUUUGAAAGAUAAACAGUUGUAUUCUGAAAGAGAUCAUUUUCUCAAUGCUAUGGAUUACGUCUCUCUAUCCGCAGUCUUCAAUUUAUUGAACUUGUUUCCAGAUCUUCUGGAAUAUUGGAUUAACUCCAAAUUUUCUAAUUCAAGAUCACCAGAUGUUCUAAGAAUAUGCCAGCAAUGGUUUACACGUAUAAUAUCAAAUCUUAAUUAUAAUCAUAGUAUGUCAUUAAAUGAAGGAGGAAGAUUUAUAUAUACUGUCUAUGAGCAUUUAACGCGCCUAAAGUCUUUACUUAAUGAUAAAUCAAAGAUUUAUCAAGAAUUAUUGUAUAUUGCUAGUGAACGAAUUAAAAAAUGUUCACAUAAUCAUAUUCUCUUUGCAACAGUUCAAGUAGGGGUGUUGAACAAAUCCAUUACUGAACAUUUUCGCGACCUGGUUACUGAAAACAUUCUAGUUGCUAGAAAUAUUAGGAAUCCUGAUAAAAAUCUUAUGGAUAUGAUCUGUUGGAUUUGUGGUCAAGAAAAUUUAGAUAAAUUAGAUGUUCCAAAUAGUCUUAGCGAAAACCUUUUAUGUUACAUUAUGAACUGUUUGGAAAGUCAAGUUUCUCAUAUUCCUGACCAACAAUUGGAUCUCAUCAAGCACACAGAUUUCUGGCGAAUAAUCUUUAAUGCGAGAGGCAAUGUUACAAAUUUACAUAGACAUUCACAUGUUACAAGAAUGCGAUCAACCAAUUCUAAUCUAGCAGGCUCGAUUGUUGACAGAACUAUUGAUAUUAAAACACUACAAAUAAUUUUAUCAAAGUAUAAUUAUCAACUGUACAAAUUAGCAAAUUCAAAAACUUUUAUUAACAUUUAUGAAACGCAAUUAAAUCGAAUUAAUGAAGAAAUUGAUGUUGAUUAUGUUAUAAAUACCUUGAUUCCCGCAGUGCAUGAAGAACAUACUACAACAUUCAAGAAAUAUAAAGAUAAGAAAUGGGAGCAAAUUAAAUAUUCUGAUGCAUUCCCUUUAUGGAAAGGUGUUACAGAUAUAAGGACUGAGUUAGAAUUAAUUAGCGAGGUAGUUUAUUUGAGUAAAAGUAAUCAUGCUUUAGAAGAUUCUCUUAAACAUCUAAACAAUAUACCAAAAUGGGAAGAACGACUUCAAAAAUUAUCUACAAUCGUUGAAAUUUUUAAAGUGCCCCUUAAAACUGAGGAUUGGCUAGGAAGGUCUUUGAAAUGGUUAAGAGAGGAUAUAUUAAGUUUAGGAAAGCUUUCCGAGUUUGUGAAUUAUAUUAAAGAACAUAAUCCAUUGGAUAAUGAGAAUUAUUGGGCAUUAAUUAAAGAGUUAUCAUUUGCUAGUGAGAUUUUAGAAUUUUUACAAACCAUAGCUGAACAUGAUAUUAAGAAUUUGAUCAAUGGCGUAGAUGAUUAUUCUGACGAACGUCUAAUUCAGGAAGACACUGUGUCAUCACUCAUUCAGGUUAAACAGUUAGUUGUGCAAUUGAUGCGUAGAAAAUAUAAUAAUAUUGGCGAAUUUCUGAAAGUUUUAGGUAAAAUUAGUCAUGAAAACCCUUCUUUACCUAGCAAAAUUACAAUAUGCGCUGGCUUUAAUAUGACAUUACAAAAUAUGCUUAGGAACAUCGAAAAUAGAGGAGAAGUGACAGAAGAAAAAAUCCAAAAUGCAGUAUUGAGAGGGAUAUAUACUUUUGAAAAAGAUGAUAAGAGUGACAAGUUUAAUGUAACACUAGUAUAUCAAACUGACAAAACUGAUAAAAUGACGUACAAUAUGUCUGACUUACAAGAUUUAUGUGGACGUGCUCUACUGAUCGUAAAGCAUGCAAAUAUUGGAAGUAGUACUAAUACUGAUUUAACAGACAAAGAAAUUUCAAGGAAAAUAAUGAACGAAUUUGUAUUGCAAGUAGAUACAGCUCAAGAAAUUCUUAACGUUGGGUCCAAACUUAUUCAAAUGGGGCAUUUUUACUAUCGACAAUUUAAGAAAAAAAUUAUUGGAACUGAGAAAAGGUUUGGAACUACAGACAUUAAAGAUUUAUUAGCAAAGUUUAAAGCGGAUUUAUAUAACUGGAAAAAGGCUGUGGAUGAAGCACAAGAACAAUAUUACUAUUUAACAUUCUUUCCUGCGCGUCAUAUUCUUGCCUGUUUUGACUACUUUACGUCUGAUGUGCAAAAUAAUGAGAACACUGAGACCUGCAAAACGCUUAUAAAGUUCGUUAAUAGCAAAGCAGAAUUACCUCCUCGAAAAUAUCAUUCAGGCAUUUCACACAACAUCAAUGAUUAUUCUCGUACACUUAAUGAAAUUGGUAAAAAGUUGCAAAGUAUUUUUGGAAAACUACCAAAAACAACACGUGAACUUAGAGUUGGAGGCGAACGUAUUAUUGCCGAUGUUGUAGAUAGUGGUAAAUUAUGUGUUGCCUCAUGCAGUGAUAAAUUACGCGUACCAAAUAUUAUUAUGAGUUUAUAUGCUAACCACCGAGGAAAGUUAUUCUGUAUUGCGAAUUUAGAGCUACUUGAAUUUGAAAUGCAGUAUGGUCUAGUAGAAAGUAUUCGAUCAAUGCGUGAGAAACAGAAUGAUUAUUUUUUAGCAUUAGUAUGCUGUCGUGAGGGCUCGUUUCAUCAUCAUAUAUUAGACCAAUUUUCGGAGGAUGCCUAUCCAACAAAUGGUCUUAAUGCUGAAACUAUGGAAACUAUUUAUCGCGACCUGUGUAGUAAUGUUAUUUGUAUAUCUUCGGACCUAUCUGGGCAAGGCAAGACUGAAUGGAUUAAACAGGCUAGUUUUGAAAAAAAGAAAAUUCCGCGUAGUUUUUUGAUUAGUGAUGGCGCAGAUUUUGAAAGUCUUGUUCGUCAACUUAAGGAUUGUAAACUUCAACAAUUUGAAAGUUUACAUAUAAAUAUUGUAUCGGCUGAUAAUUCAAAUGAAAUCAAUAUGUUCUUAUUUGAAUUGUUGACAUUAGGGUUUGUGUCCAGUAAUGUUGACAUAGCAAGUUUUCCACAAAUUCCGGUAUUUAUUGAAGUAGCAUCAACUGUUCAACAGAAGCUUCUUAAUUCCCUUCCAAUAACUGGUUACUUGGUGAAAGAACAUUUAUCAUGGAACAUUCGCAAUCUUAAAAUAUCUUUUGAAUUAUGCAGUCCCAUUCAAAUUGUGUGUAAUUAUCUAGACGCACGUGACAGGGAUGAAAUUGAUGCGAGAGAUAUCGUAUUUCAUGGUCAAAACUGCAUAAAAAAACCAUUGUCAGAUAAACGAUGUCAAGAUUUAAUAACAAAAUACUUCUUUGAAGGAAACGCUGACGGUGUUUCUUCUUUCCGAUUUGUAGAAAUAUUUGUCAAUGUACUAGCCGAUCAACUUGCUCGCCUUUCAUCAAGCGCUUAUUUCAAAGUAGAGAAUUUAAUAUUGCUGAUUAAGAAAGAGACGUUAUUGAGAACAACAUUGGUUGAUACGUUAAUUAACGUCUCUAAAGAGUUUGCGACCAGAUCAGUGAAAACCAAAAUGGCACAAUUAGAAUCAAUAUUUGAUGAUUAUGAUGUAAAAUUCGAAAUAAUUCAAUGGGAUAAAUCUAUUCAUCUUUUAGUCUUAUUCAUGUCACAAAAUCCUGAUUCGAUUUGUGCAUUGUAUCGUGAAAGAAAUCAGGUUCCUGAAAAUGUUAAAAAUUUUCUUAAAAGUCAAGUCAUGACCAACCCCGACAGAUGGGAGUUAGAAGACUAUAAUCGGAUGCCACCUAGCUUGUUAUUAAAAAGACUUGAAGGUAUAGCACGUCGAACAAUGUAUGAUAUUAGACUUCCUCUAUAUGCGCUGUCGGCUGAUAAUAUAAUAAAGAUGGCAUUGAUCUUAUUAAGGGCACGUGCAAACGUUCCUGUUGUCGUUAUGGGAGAAGCAGGAUGUGGCAAGUCAAGUUUAAUAGGAUUUUUGGCUAAGGUAGUCGAAGUUAAUUAUGAGGCAUUCAAUCUUCAUGCAGGAAUUAAGGAACAAGACAUAUUAUAUUUCAUGGGAAAAGCUCAUAAAAGAGCUAAUAAUGGAGAGAUAUGGUUGUUCUUUGAUGAAAUUAAUACCUGUAAUCAUAUUGGGUUACUCGCGAAUCUGAUAGUACAUCGUACACUUCAAGGAAAAUUAGUGCAUCCUAACAUUAGACUUUUUGCGGCAUGUAAUCCUUAUCGUAAAAGAACUAGGGCUCAAAGUCAAACUGGAUUAAAAAAUAAGGUUAAAAGAUACGAAGAGAGUAAUCUUGUAUAUCAAGUAAAACCGCUUCCAGAUCAAAUCUUAGAUUAUGUUUGGGAUUAUGGUGUUCUUCUCCCAAGUGAUGAAAAGAAAUAUAUACAAAUAAUGGUAGAAUCACAAUUAGGAGAAAGACACGAGCUGUUUACAGAGCUUUUAUUUGCAUCACAACAGUUUAUUCGUUCAAUUGAGGAAGAUUAUAGUGUUAGUUUGCGUGAUAUAAAACGAGCAAUUAAAUUGGUAUUAUUCUUCAAUAAAAGUCUUCAAGAUCGUCCAAGAUCUGCAAAAGAUGCAAACCGCUAUCCAAAUCCGAACAGUCGUAUUGGUUUGUUAAUUCGUUGUUAUAUAUUAGCACUUGGUCUUUGUUAUCAAUGCAGAAUAUACGAUCAAGAAUCGCGACGAGAAUAUCGGCAAGAAAUGAUUAAAGUUUUCCAAAAGUUUAAUGAAACAAAAAGUAUUAAAGAGGAUGGUUUUAUUAAAGUUAUUCGAGAUGAGCAAGAAGAUUGGAUUAAAAGGAUGCAAUUACCACCAAAUACUGCGAUGAAUGAGGCAUUACUAGAAAAUGUUUUAGUGAUGAUUGUUUGUAUUCUUACCAAGAUUCCAGUAUUUAUUAUUGGACAAAAUCUAUGUGGAUCAGAUUCAAAUGAUAGAUAUUUCCGAAAACUCCCUCAGGGAUCAUCAUCAUCUACUUCAGACGGUAUCAUUAAAGUUUUCCAAAAAGCUGUUAACUAUCAGGAAACCAGUUCAAAAGAAUUUCCCGUAAUGAGUGUUGUUGUUCUUGAUAACGUUGGAUUGGCUGAAAAUAGUCCACAUAAUCCGCUCAAAGUACUUCACGCAUUACUUGAACCAAAUUACCCAUCAGAUGGACCAGCAGUUUCAGUCGUUGGUAUUAGCAAUUGGAGAUUAGAUAAUAGUAAAAGCAGUAGAGCUUUAUUAGUUCAAAGUAUUGAGGAUUUUGUUGAUACUGCGGUUCGUUUACUUGACACCAAAUUGCAUAAUUCUAUAACUCGUGCCUCACUUCAACCACUUGCGAAAGCCUAUUUAGAGUAUGAAGGAAUCGGUCAAUCACACUCCAAUUUCCACGGCCUUCGGGAUUACUAUGGUUUAGUAAAAAGUUUAUCAAAAUUAGAUCUGUCACCCGAAAAUGUCCAAAUGGCAUUAGAAAGAAAUUUUGGUGGCACUGAUCGAAAUGAAAAUCUAUGUGAAGAAUAUUUUGAAACUGUGUUGAGAACAUUUAAUGAUUAUCAGAAUUGGACAUAUAAUCCAACUUCAAUUUUAACCUUGAUUAAAGCUAAUUUGGAUGAUGAAAACGCAAGACAUCUUAUGGUUAUUGGAAAAAGUGAUUCUAUGGUGACUAUUUUGACAUAUCAGUUAAUAGAAAAAAAAUUAGAUCCAGUGGUUAUUUUAGGAUCGCAAUUUCAAGAUGACCAACAAGACUAUUCCUAUAGCGUUUUAAGCAGAAUUAUGAAUUAUAUUCUAUUUGGGAGUAAACAUGAUCCUAAAUAUUAUACUCGUGUUGCACUCGGAGCAUACUCUAAUCCUAUGCUGCACGUUCAUAAGAACUUCAGAUGUAUUUUAGUUCUUGAUGAAAAAAAAUUAGCAACAGCUGAUCCACCAUUGCUAAAUAGAUUCGAAAAGCAAAGGAUGACAAUCUAUGAUACAUUUACUGAUAAUCACCGAAGGCUAGAUAAAAUUUUAAGCACUUGGGCACAGCAGAUGGCUUUUAUGGUGGAAACAAAUAUGUCACAAACUUCUUUUACACUAAAUGAUCUUUUUAUUGGUUUUGAUGAAAAUGAAACCUUACAAAGUUUAGUUAUUGAUAUCAUGACAAAAUUUCCUGAAGAUGAAGAAAAAGUAAUACUUAAGCGAUGCAAAGCAGCUUUAAUUGAUAUAGCAUCUUCCGAUGGAAUUAUCCGUGCUUCAAAAUCAAAUGUGGAUCCUCGUGAAAUUGAUCUAUGGAAGAAUGUCUAUUUCCGCAACUUUACCGAUGAACAUAUUCCCGCACAGUGUCAUGAUAGUCUUAGUGCUUUCCUUGCGUGCCUUCUAUAUACAUCAAAUGCUGUAAUGUCGAGAAUUAUUAUCAACACAUUUUCUAAUAUUAAUACAGAUGUUGCAGGAUGUUUAAAGGAUCUCAUCACAUGUCAAGUAGAUAAGUUAUCAACAUUUAAGACUGAGGCUCAGCUUCAAAAUCGAAUAAAACGGUUUUGGGAGGAAUCAAAUGAACAAAUGCUAAUUCUUCAAUGUGAUGUUACUACCGUAAAUGCUGGGUGUAUUAAGUUAGCGAAAUUUAUUAUUGAACAAUUUCAGAAUGAAUUUAUGAGAAAAAAUCCAAAAAAUCCUAAAUAUGUUUGUAUUAUUCUUCAUAUUCAACGAGAUCAAAAAUAUAUGUCUUCAUUUAAUUUUAUGUGCGGAUGGAAACAAGUUACAAUUGAGACUUUAACGCAACAAGAGAGAAAUUUAUCAACUAUCUUAAAUGGUUCUUUAACUGAUAUUAUUUCGAAUGAAUACAAGUUUGAGGAAAUCUUGGAACAUGAAUUAUUAUGGUGUUUAUUAUGUAUAAAGUAUCCAUCUACAUCAAAGUCAGUUGAUCAUAUAAAAACUUUGAAGGCAGAUUUGAUGAAAUGUUCUUUUCUUAUUGAGUGCUUAAAGGAACGUGCAUUAAACUGGAUAGAGGAAAACUCUACAGAUGGUUGGCAAUAUCAGGUUGCAUCGGAUAAAAGAUUAUUAUAUCCGUAUCCUUCUUUUUCAGCAGCAUUACUUGCUUAUCUUCGAUCAUUAGUCAGACAUCCGAUCGCCAAAUUGUUAUUUGCUCUUGAGAAAUUGUCACUCACCAAAACUUUCAUAUCAAUUAAUCAUCAAAAAAAGUAUCAAACUUUAAUUUCAUUUCUGCAAAAGAUGUUCUUUGAUCCAAAUGUCUUAAGUAUUAAAGAUUUACCUGAACCGAAACCUGAUCGAUAUGUGAUGUCGGAACAUUUUUAUGAUUUAAAAUUCCCAUUUUCAUAUUAUUUUAUGAAAAAGAUUAAUGAAUUCAGGGUUACAUGGGAAGAUGAACUUGCAAGACUUUGUGAAGAUCCAGCAAAUUGUGAUGAUAAUCAAGAACUUUCACACGAUGCUUUUGAAAAUGCUGUUAAAGGGUUUAGUGCUAAUGUUAUGACAUCACUUCCAGCCAUUAACGAGCAAAUUUUUAGAGAUUUUUCAGAUUUAUAUUUUAAGGAUUUCGUAACAGUUAUAGUUGCAAAUGAUGCUGAUAUGAAAGAUCCUAAUUUACUUGAGAAAUUGUUACAGCAACUUAUCGGAAGAACCAACGUACUCGAUCCAGUUCUUCUUCAUAUUUAUUGGUGGAAACAUUCUAAUGUUGUAUCAGCAAAUUUACAAUUAGCGCAAAUGUGUCCAUUAGCUAUUACCGAAUUUGUUAGAGAAAGAUCAGAUAUUACUUUUGAAGAAUUUCUUAUUGAUAAAGUAAUAAAAACGAAGCUUGAUCAAAUUGUGAGAAAAGACAGUGCACCUCAGUUAGAUCAAUGGCAACACGAAGUUGUCAAAAUUUUAUCACUUAGCGCAAAGGUUUUAAAAACAAAUAAAUUAAGAUCAUAUCAAUUAUUACGUAUUUGCAAUGAUAUUGUAUCAUCAAAAUUAAUAGAACUACCAAAUAUUAAGGAUAUUAUAAAAUUGGGGCUAGCUUCCGAUGAACAAAAUGUUUUAUCGAAAAAAUUUAUCGAUCACGUGUUAGGCAUUUUGUCUAAGCUUGAGAAAACUGAGCAAAACCUAAUUCUACAAAGAUCAUUUAUAAUGAGUUGUCUUAACACCAUUCCAUUGGAAUCGAACGUUAGACAAAGUCUUUAUAAUAAUAUCUUUUCACAGGAUCCUUUUCCACUUAUGGGAUCAAUAAUUACCAAAAUAUUUUGGAAUGAAGAAGAAGACGCAUUUUUACGAAUCUUGCGAGAUACAAGGGAGAUAUUUCAGGCUUCACCUCGAUUAAAAGUGAUUAAUUCAGCUUUGAAAUCAAAAAGUUUGGAUUCCUCAAUGGCUACUUUAUGUUGCGAUAUUAUUCAAAAAGAAUUCUUUCUUUAUAUGGAUAUUCCGGAAAUGGCACAAUACUUUGGGCAUGCUGUUCAAGCUUUAUUAGAAAAAACCGUUGAACCUUUAAAACGCAUAUCAGCGAUCGCUUUCCUUAAAGAAUUUGUCUCCUGUAUGUGGAAUCAAACACUUCAAGAUGACUAUACAUUACCAAUUUCGUUCAUUGGCAUAAUGGAAGUUGGUGAAUUUGAUGGCGACGUACUUAUUGAAGAAAUCAAUAUUUAUAUGACUAUAGACGAUCCAUUAAUUCAUUCUUUCAAAGUCUACUUUCUUCGUGAAUUACGUCAUAAAGGCCUUUCAAUUGACGACUUAAAACGAUUCUGUGCAACGCAUACGCCUAAAUUUCCUUGGCUGUCCACCUUUAAAUGGAAUGAUAAUAAAGAUACUCGUCUUCCAUUUAAUCCAUAUUGGCAACUACCAGAAUAUCGCCAAGCAGAAAACGCUUUUAAGGAACUUUACAGCAUUAAUAAUAAAGCUUUAUUUCAGACUUUUAUACAACAAUUACAAAAUGCUAAUGCAUUUCGUGCAAGAAUCGCAUUGAUUGGACUUAUUAUGUCUCGCCUACAUGUGGUUAGGGCAUCACGUGAAUGGGGUGCACCAGAAAUUCAAGCUGCGGAUUUUUUGAAAGUUGUUAAUACUAUGAAUAAUUUGUCAACUGGAUAUAGACAAAUAAUAGGAAGAAUACUCUCAAACAAUCAAACAUUUCUUCGUUUAGAUAAUUCUAUAGAUAAUAGCAAUUUGUUGUUGAAAUCGGUUAUUGCUCAUAUUAUAGCAUUGCAUGCUUCAAUUCCGCCAGACUCCACUCCAUUUGCGGCAUAUUUCCAUAAGAUAGAAACGUGUCAAAACACGUUUAUUUUAGCAACGGUUUCUGAUAUUGAAUCAUUAAUUUUAAGUGCUGUAGUAAACGGAGGUGGAGGACCAAUUACUCGCGGUCAUGCUGUGGUAGCGAGAAGAUGCCCAGAAUGUAAAAAUAAUACAAUCGGCGGACAAAAUUAUAGAUUAGCAGCUGGUAAUCGAAAAUUAGAUAACGUACCAAUAACUGGACCUAUAAAAUCCAAAGAUCAACCUGGAUACAUUGGAGAGCCAGUUAAUAAUGAGAUUAAUCAUUCUGUUCGGUCUAUGACACCUUGUUCUUAUAGAAUCUUGCAUUUAAUUGUCCAUGCCCUAAUUGGCUCCUCUGCUCACAUUCCGGCAACAUUAAAUUUCUUGCGCAAACAUAACCAAACAGCGACUAACACUGAACAAUAUUGUUUGGGCCAUAUAAUUACUGAUUGGAAGGUUCUUAGACAAAUCCUUAAUUGUUCCGAUGAAAAUUUGGCAUUGUUAUUCCAUUCAUUAAUUACAACAAUAACCCAUACACCCCCGCCGGCAUCAAUGCUAAGGACACAGGCUGAACGUGAAGAUUGGGAAACGCACUUUACUCGAAAUUAUGUUUCUCCGUUAAUUAGAAGUGUUACCGAAACCGUAACAAACUUUCGCACGGCGUUAGACGCUGCAGCUGCGGGUCAAGGAAAUAUCAUUGAAUCUGAAAUUGAUCAGACAAGAGCGAUAGAUGAUGAAUAUCGACUUUCAAAUUUACCACGGCUUUGGCGUAAAAUUGACUCCAUCAAUUUUAAUAGUUUCCGGGCUUAUUAUAACGGAGAUUUGGUGCAAUAUCAAGCAAAAUAUCCAUUCCUUGCAGUAUUCUUUAAAUAUAUUGAACAAUUAGAGAUUAUUCAGAAACUUUGGCCAAUUGUACAAUUUGUGCAGAUAUUGUCUUCGCGCCUUUCCUAUCGAAUUAGCAGAAAAGAUGCAGAAAAUAUGACCUUUGCCGAAUUUAUCGACAAGGAAGCGGACAGGGCUGAUUUAAUUUAUAUGUUUAAAAAAUUUGAAGAAUCUUGGAAUGAAAUAAUUGAUAAAGUUGAUAGAUAUCAAUGUUAUGAAUUACCUCAAAAACCAAUGAUGAAUCGCAACAUGUGUGUUAUUAUGGGGUUAGUAGAAGCCAAAGACAAUAGUAUUUACCUUUGCGCAAUUUUAGAAUAUUUAAUUACCUUGCAAAAUAAUUUCUUGCAAGAUGUUAUGACCAUUCCUCCUGGUUCUUGUAGAGCUCUCAAGUAUUUGGAACAAACGUCAUUUAAUGCCGACGAAGGAACUUCGACUGCUACAACUAGUCAAUAUUCCAUUCGUACAUUGACACUUAAUAAAGCUCGUAGUGAUAACAUUAUAGUAUAUAAUCAAGAAGAGUUUAGAGGAAUUCAUAUGUUUAGCCAAAGAAAUUUAGGAGUUGGGCGUGGCCUUGAUGUUAUUUAUGAUUUACAAAAAAUAGAAGUUGAACUUGCACGACAACUUGUAUUUGAAAAGGUUUAUAUAGAUACAGUAGGUGAAAAUUCAUUGUACAUGGAACCUUUUACAUAUCAUAUGGAAUUAUUUCAAAGAUCGGCACGUAUUCUUGGAGAUAUUCAAGAUCUAAUUCCUCAAGAACCAAUUCCUCCUGAACAAGUGGAACUGCUUAUAGGAUCUUCAACGAAUUCGCCAUAUGCAUUCCAGUUAAACAACAUAGAUACAUCGUUUGACAAUCCAUCAGAAAUUCUUUCAUCUUUAGAAAUUUUGCUGUGUUUUAUUAAACGAACUCCUGGCUGCAAUUGUGAAAUUCUUAUAAAAGAAUACGUAAACCAGUGGACAGCACUUUCUGGACUUAAUAACAAUCAUGAAUUCCGUACCUUACUAAACAAACCUUUUAAACUUAAGCAUAUAAUAUCUUUGUAUGAGUUAAUAGAGGGACAAGUGGCAAAUUUAACAAUUGAUUAUAUCCAUGAUAAAUACGCGGAAGAACUUACCCCUGAACAACGAGAAGAAAUAAAAAAGAUUAUAGACUUUGAAGCUAAACAACCUGCAACAAUGAUUAAUGGAAAAGUUAUGAAAAUUUCUGCUGAGACAGUUGCUACAGCACUAAAAAGAUUUAUUUAUAGAUUUUUACAAGGCGAAAAUCAAAAGGAGACUGAUCCUCUUUAUCUUUAUGUUUGUGAUUCAUCACUGCAUUUUUGGCCACCUAUAAUUUCUGAAUCAGAUCUGGAUGAAUUGUUUCCACAAAGCUUAUUAGUUAGUCAAGCACUUGUAGCUUAUAAAUAUGUUAUUGAUCAAAUUGAUGUUCAUAUACAAAUAGCGUCUCAACGAGAACAACAAAUACAACUCCAAUUAACCAAUCCUGAGGCUAAUAGAAGGGUACCCCCGACUCCCGUACCUCAACCGUCUGCAAGGAGGAAACAAAAAAGAUUUAAUGAUUAUCUUAAUUGGAUAGAAUGUGUGUUGAUCGAAAAAUCUCAAUCUUCUCCAAAUGUCGCUGAGAAGCCUUCUUUGGCCGAAGCAAUAACAAAGCUUUUAGCCCCUCAUGGCCAGUAUAAUACUAAAAAGCUAAUCUCUCCGGUUCAUGAAUAUUAUGCCGAUUUUCGUGGUACUAUGAGCAAAUUUAAGUUUACUUCUGUCAAAGGUUGUUUGGAUUUCACAAAAGAAUUUAAUAGUUGGAAUAUUGAUCCAUUGAAAUUAUUUACUGCUCAAACAAUAAAGCAAGAAACUUCAAAGUCUGGAAAAUCUUUAUAUGUUAAAUUAGAUGUCGAUUAUGUUAUCCUUUGGUUGGAUUGUGAUAGAGAAGGUGAAAAUAUAUGCUUUGAAGUUAUUAAAAAUGUUCGUCGUAGUAUGAAACAACCACCUAAUGGUCAAUCUAAGGAUAGUCGGAUUUUACGUGCAAAGUUUUCUGCUAUCACUGCAACUGAUAUUCGUAAAGCAAUGGAUAACCUGAUUUUUCCAAAUAAAAAUGAAUCUUUGGCUGUGGAUGCACGUCAAGAAUUGGAUCUCAAAAUUGGUUGUGCUUUUACGCGAUUCCAAACGAGAUUUUUUAAUGGAAAGUACGGAGAUCUUGAUGCUAAUGUAAUAUCCUAUGGACCUUGUCAAACACCUACACUAUCUUUUUGUGUUUCUCAACAUGAUAAGAUUAAAUCGUUUAGUCCAGAAACAUUUUGGACUCUAUCAGUUUCUGCAUCUAAACAAGAUGUUAAAGGUGAACAAUAUGGUUCUGAAAUUUCUCUAAAUUGGGAUAGAGUUAAAUUAUUCGAUAAACAUGUUGAGUUACUUAAAUUUGGUUCUUCAUAUCUUGGUAUCGGUCCUCAUGAAACUAUGCUCGUAGCUGAACGGCUUUAUACUCAAGGAUAUAUUUCUUAUCCACGUACUGAGACUACUUCUUAUCCAAAAAAUUUUGAUAUAAAAUCUGUUUUAAAGAAUCAAUCAAAACAUCCACUAUGGGGCUUACAUGCAACGGAAUUGUUGGAAAAAGGAUUUGACUGGCCAACAGGAGGCACUGAUGCUGGUGAUCAUCCACCCAUAACGCCUAUGCGUGUGGCACAAGAAAGUGAAUUAUCAGGAGAUUUAUGGAAAAUUUAUAAUUAUGUAACGCGACAUUUUCUUGGUUCAAUCAGUUCUAAUUUAAAAUAUCAAAAGACAAAUGUCAUUAUAAAGAUUGGUCACGAAACUUUUGAGUGUUCAGAAUUUCAAAAAGAUGAGGUUUUAAAAAUUAUAAAUGUAAAAUUGGUCGAAGGACAAACAAGUCCUCCCGAUUAUCUAACAGAAAGUGAAGUAAUUAGUUUGAUGGAAAAAAAUGGUAUAGGAACAGAUGCUUCCAUACCGGUUCAUAUUAAUAAUAUAUGUCAACGAAAUUAUGUAACGGUUCAAGGCUCUGCGCGUAGAUUGGUUCCUACUAAUUUAGAAAAAAUCGAUCCAGAUCUAUCACUUCCAACAAUGAGAAGUGACGUUGAAAAGCAAUUAAAUUAUAUAGCAUUAGGUAAAGCUGAAUAUACAGAAAUUGGUCAAAUGGAUGAAUUAUUUGAAGCAACUUUCUCAUCUCUUGCUUCAACUGGAAAAAUACUUUCAAAAUGCGGGAAAUGUAAACGACCUGUGCGUUUGCAUUGUUCAACCUGUGAUGAAACAUAUUCAUUACCUGCAAAUGGACAUAUUAAGGAUUAUAAAGGACUUCAAUGUCCAUUUGAUGAUUUUGGACUUGUAUCAUUUUCCACUGGCUCUAAGGAUAUUGGUUAUCCAUUAUGUCCAUAUUGUUAUAAUCAUCCACCAUUUGAAAAUAUCAGAAAAGGCAUGGGAUGUAAUCGUUGCCCUCAUCCUACUUGUGAACAUUCAUUAGUUAAUAAUGGAAUUUGUUCAUGUCAAGCGAAUUUAUGUAAAGGUCAAAUGGUAUUAGAUGCAACUUCUGCUCCUAGAUGGAAAUUAUCUUGUAAUGAAUGUAAUUUUGUUUCCGCAUUUUUGGAUAUGGUUAAAGGUGUUUCCAUAUCAAAAGAUGAUUAUUGUGAAAAUGAAGAAUGUAAUUCAUGUAUAUUAAAAAUUGAAUUUCGAGAAAAUCAAAAUAAGAAAUCUCUAAAAGGAUGUGUUUUAUGUGAUGAUGAAAUUGCAGAAUUAUUAGAAAACAAGUAA